GAGACAGAUGUGAUUCCAUUCUUUAUCUUUUUUGGUCACCGUGGUGUUCCUGCGCGGUCGCGCCUUGAUGAGCGAAAGUGAUUGCCAGAGCCGGUGUAGUUGUAUCACACAUGAAAGAGCAGUAGUUAGUAGAGAGCGACCAGAGUAGAGACGCAGAGAGAAAGACAUAAGAGCGAAAGAGAUAGAGUCUACGGGGUUUCACAACUUCAGCUAACAUGGUCAUCCAAUGGAGGUCAGUCAAAGUGAUCUUAUUUCCCCCUAUGGUUACCAAAUAAAUGAUCAAAAGCAGCUAAACGAAUUACAAAUAACACAGCAGCUUUUUCUUACUCGACGCUUCCAGGAUCGAUCUUCAUGCCGGCCACAGAUACGACCGCUUCUAAUUCUAUUUCUUGAACCCCGCCACUAAAAAUAAUUGGCCCGAUACCUACUUAAGUACUUACACACCGGCCUGGCAUUGACAUUGUUUUGAAUUACCCAGGGUUUUCUGGUGAGGUCAACGUCAACCGCCUCAAAGUCGAAGCUGGUGUUGAAUCACCUAGGUUUUACACAAGAUGAUGUUGUUUGUGUUUCCUCGUACAAGAGCCCGCUCUUUCUCCUUGGUCGUCUUGGUCUUGCUCUGCUUCUUGUUUCAGCACGGACAAAUAAACUCGUGGUCCGCCCUUGCCACGACCGACGACGACCCCGCGACCGUUUUCGAAAACACCCAUUUCACCACCGCUUCUCUCCGCCGCUCCCCCAACCAAUGCGAACGGUCGCAGUGCUUGUACGAACUUAAACCGUCCAUUGAAGAAAAUACUUACGGCUACAACAAAAUUCUCUGCCGCGAGCACAUUCCGGGGUUGUUCCGGAAAGAGCAGCCCUGUCCCCCGGCGAACGACGGGACCAAUGCGGAGCAGCAGUGCACGGAUUGCAGCUUCACGGAGACUUAUGAAACAAGCGGGGUCACUGACCCGAACCAAGCGAGGCAAAGAUUCGAGAAUGCUCUGAUAAAGUGCUACUGUGAAAAAGUGUGGCCGGUGGUGGUGGCGAAGUAUGGGGAAAAGUGCGAUUCUCUGCAUUUCUGCGAAAACCGCGCGGAGUGCUACAGAAGCUGCAGUGCGUACUUGCACCCGACGGAAUGCCCGUUGCCGCGGUGUGAAUGGACGCAAAUCGGGUUCCAAGUCGGAGCGAGUGGCAGUGCUGGAACUACGGAUAGUGCAGGUGGAGCAGCACCAGCAAGUGCGGCGAGAACUAUCAACUCACAGAAUCUGGCUGGAGCGGCAUCGACCUCGAGCACCGCCAGAAGUGCUAUCCCAAAAUACGCCUGUCGGGAGAAUCCGAAGUACAAUCCGGAAAAGCACCCGGAGAUAGGGUUCGACUUUGGAAUAUGCAAUGCAAAAGUAUCGGAUUCGUCCUAGUAUAAAUUGCAUUACAAAUUUGCUUAGCAUGAAAGCUGGACCUUGUCAUCCUGAUUUGACUUAAGAAAAAAACUUGUAAUGCAUAAGUGCGAUUACUACGAGUACGAUACUUUUGCACAGCAUAUGGAAACGAACCAACCGCCCCGAUCGCGCCGCAAAACAACAACAUGCACAAGCUGGCUUCAGUUUCAGCUUCUCAUGGAACGCAGCAUGACAAAUUUUCUGACCGCGAUUUGGAGAUGAAUUACCGCGAGUUUGAGGAGUUUAUCAUGCCGAAGCCGAUGAUUCCGAAUUCCGGUGUAGUUUCUGCUGCUUCUUCCGCAUCACAAGCUACUGCUGGGACACCGAAUAAUACACCUGGAUCUUCGUCGGCCUUUUCGACCUCCAUCCGGGGUAUUCCGAUGAUCGAGUUCUUCGAUUCAGUGGAGACGUUGUUUCUGAAAUUAGAUCGAAAUUACAAUGGUGUCCUCACGUUUGAGGAGUUGGAGAUCGGACUGGCGGCGGAGAGAGCGAGGCUGGAGUAUUUGUACGAUGCGUCGAUUGGGGUUUUUGGUGGACAAGGACAAGCAGCAGCUGCUUCGAAUGAGGACGGAUCAUUUGAAGAGGUGGACGCUGCUGGCGUGGCUUUCUUGCGCGAGCUGGAAGUCGACUUCGAAACUAGGACGGUGAACGCAUACGAGGCUCCUAGUAUCCUGACACCAUCAAACACGGCUUCUAGUUUAUCUCGUGGCAAAGUAUCCGACGCAGAGAGCCAGGGACGACGAAAAGCCCGCCAAUUACAGGUGGAGCGAGUGUUGCAGGCUGCGGAGGAAAGGCUUCUUGCCGGCACCGUGCAAAAGAAAAAAGCCGCAACGAUGAACUCCUCUGCGGCUGCUCCUGCAGCCACAUCCGAGUCCGACGACAGCACGUCCUCGCAGUCCAAAAUUAUAAACCACCACCGCCUCCUCCAGCGUCUGCAGUACCAACACCAGGACCUGCAGCCUUUCGACUGCGCAGUCUCCAACGCGUUUUACUGCAGUCUGAAGCAGAAUUGCGUCCACGACUGCCACCGGGAUUGCGGCUGGAAAGCGGUGAAUGACCGGAACACGCAGCAGUGCCUGCCUGCGAAUCCGGAAAACUGCGAAAAAGCCAGGCAGGGACAUUUUUGCCCGAAUUUGAACAAAUGUUUUUUUAACUGCAGGAAAGAUUGCCCACUCGAGCCCAUUGCGGAUUACAAGGGGAACACGUGCAGAGAGCCGUGGUGGACAGAGAUAAAAAGUGGUGGGAGCAGCAAGAAUGUCACAAGCACAACUGGCGCUGCAGCUCCUGCGAACAUCAAGGCAGCGACCGCCGAAGAACUUCUCGCUCCGGGCGUCUGUCGCUACCGGAGAAAGACCGGACAAGCUUGCUUACAAGACCAAGACUGCCUCUACGGCUUACGGCGGUGCGUUCUGAUCUCGCCCUUCACGCAGCCCGGCGGACAACUUCCUCUCCUGUUUGAGGACGACAGCGAAUCGCAGAAAAAAUUUCCGGUCGUCUAUCCCAUAGAAAAAGGCCCGGUCGGGGUUUGUGCUCCCCUGCAACCGUAUAACGAAUUACACCGCUGCAAACACCACUUGGACUGCCCACACGUCGGCUACUACUGCCCGCCGGACAUGACGGGACUGGAUGGCUUUUAUCUCCGGUAUUGCAGGAAGCAAUUAAGUGUGAAUUCAAAGUGCCAAUUUGAUUUCGAGUGCGAAGAGCUGACACUGUGCAACAAGGCAGAGCACUUGUCUAUCGGGAAGUGCCGAAGGCUGUUUUCCUUACCGUUAGGCCACACGAGCAGCGACAAGGAUUUGUGUCAAAGUGGGUAUAUGAACCAGAAUUUCGUCUGCGCUGUUUCGCCGAAGUCGAAAAGAGCGGGCAGGGGGUGCGAGAGGGACCAAGAUUGCACGAGUACGGACCCGUUUGAAGUUAAUAUCUUCAAGGCGAUUUCUGAGCAGGCUGGCAGUCGUGGCUCUAGUGCUAGUACCCAAGGCAAAACGUUCCAUCAACCCCACCGCGGCGCCUCCACCUGCCAAUGUCGGAACUGGUGGAGCGACAGUAAACGGCAAUCCAGGUAUUGCACCUCUACCGAGGGGGACAUCCCGAGAGAUGCCCGGCGCGACUGGCUGUAUUUUCAACACACGAAGUGCGGGAAGUUUUGGAGCGAGAAGGAGUGUCUACAGACGUUUGGGACACAAGCGAAGAUCCUCUAUUACCGGUAUAAGUGCUUAAAAACAGUCCUCUCCGUCGCGGAGCCGGGCGGGGUGGCGAUGAAACUUGCCGAUAAAAAAUUUGACGUGUUGCAGCAAGACACUUGCUUGCCGGAGGAGGUGAGAAGAACAUACGGUGGGUACUGGGUGAGCGACCGAUUUGGGAGAACUGGGCAGAUGAAAUUGGUGAAAUACGCCGAAAGGUUUCCACAGCUGAGAGAUGAAGUGCGGGAAGAUGACCCUUGUGGGGUGUUGCAAGAUUUGGGGUAUGGGAAUAUGGCGGAAAUUGCAGUAGAGAAUGCUAGUACUUCUGUACGAUGA